CAUUUGAGUCCAUGUACAUCAUUUUUAAAUCAAUCAUCUAUUAUUCAAUCUUCAUUUAAGGAUCAACCAGUCCAACCAUCAUUACCUAUUGCAAAACCACGUGGUAAUUUAGCUAAAAAUGUUCGUAAAGCAUUGAAUUUAACAAGACGUGAAUAUCAAGGAUAUCGUGCUGAUUUACGUGAUUUGAUCAAUGGUAUGUUAGAUCGUUAUAAGAAAUGGUGUGACUAGGAUAUGAAAAAAAUUUUAAGUCUUAUCUAUCUGUUUAAACAAAAAAAUCCCACUUUUCCUAAUUGCGCUAACGAUUGGGCAAUUAAGGAAAUAAUCCGUGCUAUAAUUAAUAAUAAACGUGAAUAUUCACGAAAUAAAAAGAAUUAUAAGGACCAAGAGCAAGAUGAUGAAAUUGAUGAAAUGCAAUCAGAAAAGCAUAUUCAGCAGAAUUCUGAGGAUUUAGAAAAUAUGCAUGAUGAGAUUGAGCCUAAUGAAGAUGUGAAUGAAAGAGAUCAGAAUUUUUGGCUGAGCGAAGAACCUGAGCAUUUAAUGAAUGCUUACUUAAUAUUAUAUCCUGAAGCACAAGAUGAAUUAAUUGACUUUUUGGCUGAUAAGCGUGGAAUUGGAGUAAAGCAACCUAAAGAUAAUCCAGUGUCUGAUAUGAAAGGUAAAAGGUCCAUAGGUUUUAUUCAAGACAAAAAAAGAAUGAAAAGAUCAGACAAUAAUCAAAAACAAAAAAAGAUUAGACGAGAGGGUGACAAAAAUGAUAACGAUGCAAGCGAUUUUUUUGAACAAAAAUCUCGCAGAUCAGCAACAAAGAAGGUCAUUGAUUACAAUGAAAAUAAAAAAAAAACCCUUAAUAAUUAAAAUUUUAAUACAUCCUAAAUGAAAUUUCCUUUAACUAGAGUGAAGAAAUGAGAUUAUUUUGAUUUUUG